GUGUGUGUGUGUGUGUGUGUGUGUGUGUGUGUGUGUGUGUGUGUGUGUGUGUGUGUGUGUGUGUGUGUGUGUGUUGGUAGACAUGGUAUUCAGGGACAAUUUACCCGUUUACACACCAGCAAUCCGCGGACCUUAGGGUAAUUUGAGGACUAUGCCAAGGUCCCCGAAUUUCAAACAAUUUAUUUGCAUUCGUGAGUGUCUGAGGAACAUCCUCUCUCAUUUUCGUUCAUAGUCCUUUUUUACCAUAAACCUGUUUUUCGGUGUAUCCCAGUGUAUAGCACAGCGCAACCUAUCUGUGGUGCUUAUACUGCACUCUCAUACACAUUUCUGACACACACGGUUCGAUUUUGCCGCCCUUUUCACUGAUUGGUUGGUUUGAAAAGUGGGUGGCGUCUACAGGCAGUUCGCUCCAAGGACCGCCCCGACUGACGGCAUUUAAUCUUUAAAGCCCAUUUGAAGCAGCUGGCGACCUAAUGGAAGCAGUAGAGGAUUUAAAACAUACAGUGAAUCAUGCAGAGGCGAAGGCGCAUUAAUCUCCAGAAAUCUGGAGGGAUGUCAUCAGAUGUCCAACAUGGUGAGGUACCAUCCACAUCAAAGCUUUCUACAAGAACUCAAAAGAGGUCAACACAUAAGGCCCAAAAAAAGAUGCCUGCAGGGACAUCAGCUGGUCGUCUUGAAUGCUUUAUUAAGAUGACGACCGAAAGAGGCCAGAUUGAGAUGACUGCAAGCAACCUGAACCAGUCAAGUCCAGUGCUUGAUCCAAUCACAAGUAUUGGACAGAUGACGACCGAAAGAGGCCAGAUUGAGAUGACUGCAAGCAACCUGAACCAGUCAAGUCCAGUGCUUGAUCCACUCACAAGGAUUGGACAGUGUCCGAAACAUCGCCUAGUGUGCGCAACAAUAGGCUCCUUGGACAAGUGCGUUCAGUGUGUGGGACCUGUAUCCUCCUUCAAGUGGCUUCAAUGCGAAGAGGAAAUUGCAUUGAGUGACACUGAGGCCAAGGACAGUGAAGGCGAGUCAGAUGACAGUGACACAGCCGUCACAGCAUCAGAGGCUGGAAAUGCUGGUUGUGCAUUAGCUUCUACACUCACAAAACAGGUCCAGGAAACUGCAGAUUUUGCAGGAACUGUGACGUCCACAGUAGAUGAGGCUAUUUGUCCGUCUGAAGGCAAAACUCAUCAAGAACAUGAUUCCAGAAAAGUGAAAAAGAAGAUCUGGUCCAAGGCUGAGGUGGCUGCAGUAAUGCGGCACUUCAAAAGUCACAUAAUCAAAGGAAGACUAGCCACAAAAUAUGAAUGCAGUCACUGCAAGAUGGUCGAAGGCUCCGUUCUAGCACAACGAACAGUGCAAAAUAUAAGGGACUUUGUCAGAAACCGGGGAAUAACUGCAAAGAGGCAGACAGAGCAGCAAAAGCUGUAAAUCCACUGACUUGUGUUCAUUUGUUUUUGUUUGCAUUGUGGUUUGGCUGAUGCCUUAACGUUUUAAAAGGCCAUUUGUUUCUAAAAAUGUGUUAUUGCAAAAUGGAUACACGUAAUACUUCAUCAGAAAAGCUAAUGGAAGUUCAUAAUGGACGUGUAUUUUGUUUGUAGCGUGUGUGGCUGCUAAUAAAAAAAAAACUCCAGUUCUGUUAUUCUUCAUUAUUUGGUUAAGCUCAGAAUUGAGAUCACUUAUUUUUAAGUGAUCCCUGUAUAUAUAUUAUAUUGUGUUCUUAUUUCAACAUAUAUCUAAGGUUUAACCUAAUUUUAUGGUAAUAAAAUGAUGGUCCCCCUUAUGCUGUGUUCUGUCAGGUGUGUGUGUUUA